GGAACUAACUUAAAAAUGGUGCAUUCGUAAAAUCAAACCGGGCCACAGCCACACAUCCGAAGAUAGAAAUUAAAUUAUCAUCCACCAUUUUGUUUAUUUUCGAGAAAAUAAUUCUAUAUCUGGAUACCUUAGUGAAUUUUUGUACUAUUACGUCGCGCAACAAAGUACAUGUAAUCCAGGCUGUGGUUUGAAGAUUAAGGAAUGUGCUAAUAGCGUACCUAUUAUAUUUGGUCCCUUGUGUUGAAAUUUGCAGACAUCGGCCGCGCCGCUAGUAAACACUCAUUGAAAAUUAACACCUUAUCGGCUAAGAAAUCUAAAAAUCCAGGUGCGCAAGGUAGCCGAGUCGAUGAGAAAAGUUCGUUGAAAUUUAUUCAACGAAUUUUUCGCAAGUCUAAAGGGAGCAAUCCCCUGGCGCUAAAGGAAAUAUCAAAAAGUUGCGGGCGAGAGUCCCCCGUGGCGCGCCCGGCUAACAUGAACCACACGCCUGCCCCAGACAGGCAACAGCACGACUCCAAUGUAAACCAGGUUGAGGAGAUGGAAACCCAGGACGUGGAAACUGUAGAUACGGCCACAGACAAAACCUGGGAAGACGAUCUUAUGAAAGGACCUAAUGGUGAGGUUGUGAUGAGUGAGGUAAUGAAAAACCAGGAGGCCACAUCUUCUGACAUGCCGUUGGCUUGUCUUGAUACUGAAAUGGAAGAUGACGAAGCGAGAUCGGAAGCGACGUUCCGUUUCACGGUACCGAAUUUUCGAAAUCUCAAGGAUUCUGUGUUAUCUCCUCCCUGUUACGUCCGUAACCUGCCCUGGAAAAUAAUGGUUAUGCCCCGACAAGCCCCCUCGCCUGAUCGUCAACAGCAGAAGUCACUUGGGUUCUUUCUUCAGUGCAAUGGAGAGAGUGAAUCUUCGAGCUGGUCAUGUUAUGCUAUGGCUGAGCUAAGGCUCAUCUCUCACAAGCCUGAGACUGAACCCUUUUACAGAAAAAUUCAACAUUUGUUUUACAGCAAAGAAAAUGACUGGGGUUUCUCUCACUUCAUGGGUUGGAGUGAUGUAUUGGAUCCAGAGAGGGGUUAUAUAAAAGAUGAUUCAAUCACAUUGGAGGUGCAUGUGACAGCUGAAGCUCCUCAUGGAGUUUCUUGGGAUUCUAAGAAACAUACAGGAUAUGUUGGUCUCAAGAAUCAAGGUGCAACCUGCUACAUGAAUUCUCUCUUACAGACGCUUUAUUUUACAAAUCAAUUACGAAAGGCAGUCUACAAAAUGCCCACAGAAUCUGAUGACAGUACUAGAUCAGUAGCAUUAGCUCUUCAAAGAGUGUUUUAUGAGCUGCAGUUCUCAGACAAACCUGUUGGCACAAAGAAACUAACCAAAAGUUUUGGUUGGGAGACACUGGACUCAUUUAUGCAACAUGACGUGCAAGAGUUUUUGAGGGUGCUCCUUGAUAAAUUGGAGAGCAAAAUGAAAGGUACUUGUGUGGAAGGCACCGUGCCAAGACUUUUCGAAGGCAAGAUGACUUCAUACAUUAAGUGCAAGAAUGUAAACGUUUCUAGUACACGCGUCGAAACAUUCUAUGAUAUACAACUCAAUAUAAAGGGAAAGAAAAAUAUUGACGAAUCAUUCAAAGACUAUAUAAGCACCGAGACACUCGACGGCGAGAAUAAAUACGACGCCGGCGAGCACGGCUUGCAGGAGGCAGAGAAGGGCGUCAUCUUUGCUUCCUUCCCGCCGGUCCUGCACUUACACCUAAUGAGAUUCCAAUACGAUCCUAUCACAGAUAGUUCGGUCAAGUUCAAUGACAGGUUUGAAUUUUACGAACACAUCAAUCUGGAUGCAUAUUUACAAGAAAAGCCAGAAACUCCUGCAGAUUAUACACUGCAUGCUGUGCUCGUUCACUCUGGUGACAACCACGGGGGGCAUUACGUCGUCUUCAUUAAUCCUAAAGGUGACGGAAAGUGGUGUAAGUUCGACGACGACGUGGUGUCACGCUGCACCAAGCAGGAAGCGAUCGAGUACAACUAUGGCGGCCACGACGAGGACAUGGCCCUUACAGUACGGCACUGUACUAAUGCGUACAUGUUGGUCUAUAUCAGGGAUUCACAAUUAAAAACAGUUUUACAAGAAGUUACCCAAGCAGAUAUACCCACAGAAUUAAGUGAGAGGUUGGCUGAAGAGAAGAGGAUUGAGACAAUUCGGCGCAAAGAGCGAAACGAGGCGCAUCUCUACAUGAACGUGAACGUAGUGUUAGAAGAAGCGUUCGACGGCCACCAGGGUAAUGACUUGUAUGAUCCGGAGCGCGCUCACUACCGCGUGUUCCGCGUCCGCAAGCAGGCCACUGUCGCAGAGCUAAUGGAGAUGUUGGCGGAAAACUUCCGCUACCCACAGAAACACCUUCGUCCGUGGCCAUUCAGCGCACGUUCUAAUCAGACAUGCAGACCAACAUGUUUAGAUAUUGUCAAUGAUCAACACAAGACAGUGGCAGACGUAUCAGAAAACAUGAACCCCUGGAACAUUUUCCUCGAAAUGCUGCCUCCGGACUCCGGUUUGACCGCACUUCCGAACUUCGAUAAGGAGAAUGAUGUAGUAUUAUUCUUCAAGUUCUACGACCCCAAACAGAAGCGCAUACAUUACUGUGGUCAUCACUACAGGCCCAUAGCAAGCAAGCUCGCCGACCUUGUACCAAUACUUAAUAAGCGAGCAGGAUUCCCACCUGACACUCCACUUGUCCUGUACGAAGAGAUUAAGCCGGACUUUGUGGAGAAGAUCAACAACUACAAUGAUCCUCUCGAAAAGCUGAUGGACGGCGAUAUCAUCGUGUUCGAGCGUGCUGAUCACCGACAUGAGGACCUCGAGCUGCCCACGUGCCAGGACUACUUCAAGUACAUAUUCCACAAGGUCGAGGUGCAGUUUGUAGACAAAACCGUGCCUAAUGAUCCCGGAUUCACGAUGGAGUUGUCGAUGCAAAUGCGUUACGAUCAGAUGGCGCGGGCGGUCGGACAGCGGCUCAAUGUUGAUCCCUACUUAAUACAGUUCUUCAAGUGUCAAAAUUACAAGGAUACACCAGGACUGCCACUGAGAUAUUCCUACGAUGGAAUACUCAAGGAUUUACUAGUGCAUUGUAAACCAAAGUGCCCUAAGAAAUUAUUCUACCAGAUAUUAUCUAUUAAAGUUAAUGAAUUGGAUAACAAGAAACAGUUUAAAUGUUUAUGGGUCGGUCCAAACUACAAAGAAGAUAAAGAAUUAAUUUUAUAUCCAAACAAAGGUGGUAAAGUGGCAGAUAUUUUAGAAGAGGCAGCAAAAGUAGUUGAAUUAUCCCCGGAAGGAUCUGGAAGAUUAAGAAUUGUCGAGGUGGCGUGUCAUAAAGUAUUACCCGGCCCGGAUCUUGAACUGACGUUGGACCAAGUGACCAUAUCACCACCAAGAUUGUACAGAAUAGAGGAGAUACCCAGAGAUGAAAUAAACCUGCAGGAUGAUGAGGCGUUGGUCCCGGUUGCACACUUCCACAAGCAGGUGUACUCCACCUUCGGUAUCCCGUUCUAUGCGCGCGUUAAACACAACGAGUCUUUCCAAGCGUUCAAAGAUCGUUUACAAAAAAAACUCGAUAUACCCGAUAAGGAGUGGGAAAAGUACAAUUUCGCUAUAGUGUCAAAUGGCAGACCUAAUUACAUAAGUGAAGGAGCGACAAUAAAUAUAUUCGACUUCAGGCCAAGUAGUAAUGCAAAUCUACCCCUCACAGACGCGACGGGCCGGCCCUGGCUCGGCCUUGAACACAUCAACAAAACACCGAAGCGGUCUCGUGUCAACUACCUAGAGAAGGCGAUCAAGAUAUACAACUGAGCCAUAAUGCGCGCGCCCUGGUUCGCUUGACGUCACACUGGCCGUGCUGACGGGCGACUCACACAGACACACACAGACGCGACGCGUUCGUCCCUGCGGUAGUAACUGACACGCCCCUCUCUCCUCACCAUCCCCUUCCCCUCAGUCCUACUGUAAAAAAAUACCAAGAACGGCGUAUUGAUUGCACAUAUCUAAAUGAAAUCGAAUAGUUGAUGCUUAUUGUCAAUAUCACAUUUUCGCUUGUGUGAUGUAUCGAAACCCCAUCCGUGUUUUGCGAAUAUAUCGGCGUGCUUGAUUAUCAUAUUACACGAUACAUUUGUGAAGUAUGUGUCGGCGGUGGCUUUUAAAAUAUUCAAAUAUUAAAUUGUUCGUCUGCGGUUGUCCGCACUUUGGUGACGCUAAGUAUCUCUACUUGACUUUCUACUACAUCACGUGCAGUUUUACUAUCGCAUGGACACGAAAAUAGCCUUACACUUAUUUAUAAUAUAUACUUCGCAAACACCAAUAUUUGACUUCCUUACCAAGCUGUUUAAAAUAUAGUGAACCGGACAUACUACAGACCUGUGUUACGUCAAAUAUUCUCUUGUAGUUUACAAUAGUAUGUUUUUGUGUACUCUAUCGCCUUUUUGAUGUCUCUUAUGUAUUCGACAAGAGAAUAUGUGACAGAGUCGUCGCAGAACUACUGCUGAAAUAUGUAAUGGUAAUUACGUUAAUAAUUUUGAUUGCAGCUUAUCAACCCUAGCAUGAGGAUAACAGACAGGGCUGUUGUGUACGAAUCAUUAUCUUUUGAUGGCCAAGUUUUAAUGACAAUCUAUGUUAGAGUGAAUCCUUAAUAUUUAUUGUAUAGAUAGUUUAUUGUUUUAACAAUGAGAGCAGUCUUUGUCGGUUACGUAUUAAUUAAUUUGUUUAUAUCGCCUUUUAGCAUUACCAGUGAAAAUUGUGUUGUGUCCUGCCGUUUAGUAAAUUUAAACAAAUGGCUGUCUCAAUAUUUAUGUUUUAUUUUUAAUUUAAAACUGCUUGGUUGGGAAUACGUCGGUACAAUGUGUCGCCGUCAAAGUUUUCUCGAUACAAUCAUGAUAAGUUUUUGGUGAUUCGACAAAAUUGAAUAUCGUCACCGAUGCAGGAUUCAUUGUUGAGUAUUAUGGGGCUUAUUAUACUAUCAAAUAUGUAGGAUUAUGUCUAAAUGGACUUAUCAAUUUACUAAGCUAAAUUUUAUAUCGUUUAGAAAACAUCUGGUGACGUCUCUAUUCAUUGUUUGUGUUUAUCACUCAAUGUUUCACAUAUUUGACAGUGCAAUAAAACCUAAGGGGGAUUGUAAUAUUGUAUGUAAUUGUAAUUUAAGAGUAUUUUAAUCUAGUUGUCAGAUGUGCCUGUGUGAACGUUUGCCGGAAGAUUUAGACAUAUAUUAUCUAUAUCCAGUGAGAAUUCAAUAAAGUUAAUGCAAUUAAUUAUUUAAAUUUGCUGACCAUGUGUCCUGAUUAUGAGAUGGAUAGUCAAUUGUCUAAUUCGCUGCAGCUCACUGUUCAUCCGGUAUAUUAACAAGUGAUUUGAUAAAUAUUCAAGCGUGUAUUUAUUACGUUACUAGUGCUUAAUUAUAUUGCGUUGUAUUUUUUUUUUAUGAUACUAUAUAUAAAUGUCAUGAGCUCUCAUGAAGUUGCAUUAUUUUGCAAGCGUCGUAAACAUUAGUGUCAUUGUAGAUAUGUCUUAACAAAUAAUGGAUAGGCAAGAAUUAUAAAUUAAAACAAGGUUAUAAAACUGUCAUCAAUGAUGCUCAUGGCAUGUGAUGAUAAGCUUGUGAGGAGUCGAUUUUGAAGUGCAUUUUUACAAAUUUAUUUCUAAAACAAUUUUUUUUUAAAUUAUUACGAACGUGUUAUGUUACGUAUCAUCAACAAUUAAAUUUAAAGUAGUGGUGGCUCAUUUAAAUUUAUUUACUAUGUCAUAUUGAAACUUUAGUUGUAUUGUAUUCUAGAGAUAAAGAAUGGCGUGUUUCAGAAUCAAUCCUCCCGAUACGUUUUAACUUUUUAAUAAUAUGUAAAGUAUGCUUUGAUACUUGCACUCUGCUUGGUAGUGAGGCAUUCGUUUUGUAAAUAUUUGUCAACUCGAGGUCUUAUUUUAGUAAAAUGAAAAUAAAACUUGAAGGUGAUUCUUAGGUCAAGUGAUUGAAUUUUGUAUAAGAAAUAAAUUCAGCUCGUGGUAGUUUUUUGGGAAUUGUACUUUAUAUAAUCUUUUUGCUACUGAUCGUUUUUAUAUCGAUGUUUCAGUUUGGUAGGUAACACCUCGCAAUAUGGUUACAUAGAAGUUUCAAAUCUCGCGGCGAGAUUUGUUUUAAUCUGAUAAUAUUUGUGUAACUUCAUAUUAUUAAUUGUUGUAUUUAUUAUUGAUUUUUGUAAACUAAUUUUCGAGCGAACGUUGUAAAAAAGUCAAUUGCGAAAGUAAAUAUCGCUUAAAGUGCAUAAUGUUAUUAAUUUUAUUUUAUGUGUACUACUAAUACAGUGGCUAAGUAAUAUAUCUAAUGAAUUUUUUCCGCAUUGUUUAAAAUUUUCAUAGUAUAGUUAUUAAUAAUAAAGCUUGUACAUAGCUAAUGCACCCACUAAUAUUCUACAAAAUCAACAGAUUUGUGUUUUUACAUUCAAAUCUAUUUUGUAUCGAGUAGGUAUGAGCUAAUGUUGCUAACCUUUGAUUAUUUACAAAUAUUUUCUUAAACUUGAAUACAAUUAUUGGUUGACGCUCAAGUCGAUAAAAAUCAGAUGUUGACAAUUAGUAAACUAGCAUGUCUACGUCGAAUUUGGUAAUUUUAAAAUAAAACUGACAAAGUAAUGAUAUGUAAAGAUAUGUGAUCAAUACUUAUGUGAUAGUACUUCAGCUAUUCGUUUAUUUUUUGCACUAUUGUUUCGAUAAAAGGAUGUACCAAGAUUGUUAAGGAUGAUUUCUACAAAACUGCUUGCAUCGAAUCGGAUCGCAACGGAUUUUACAAUCUUUAAACGAUAUUUAAUCGUAUACAUAGUAUUUAGUCUAUUUUACCAAGUCGCGCAGAAACGCCCGCGGUCUAUUUAACCGCGGGUGUCUUGCGAUCGUAGCCGAAACCAUGCUGUGACGCGCGAUCGCCUCAUUUCGCAUGUCGUCUUAUCCGGUUGGAUCCUUUCGGCUGUCGCCAUGUACGCUAAAAACCGUGGUCAGGCGGCAUCAUUAAUUUUUCUUUUCUACUUCUAUGUUUUAUGAUUAUUUACUUUUCUAAUGCAAUAGCUAAUAAUACAACGUCAACUUAACUAUUUUUUAAAACUAGAACGCGUCGACACUGAAGGAAACUGUUUAACUAAUCGUAAAUAUGGGUACGUUCGCAUGCGAUGCUAAGGAAUCGAUCGUAUGUGUAGACAUCCGAUCGGACGCAAUCGCUUGUCGCCACACCUGUUCUUAUUCUUUUUCUUGAUUCGAUGCGAUGCGAGCCAUUUAAUUUGAAAUCAUCCCUAAUCGUACAAAAUUUAGAAAAACAAUAUGUCUACUUCCAUGUUCAAAUAAAGAACAUUGAGCAAGUUUAAGGAUAACAUUAUCCUAGAAAUUAAAUUUCCCGUCGCGAUUUUUGUGAAAAAGUCGAAGUCUCACAUGUUUUUUUAUAUAAAGUGUUUAUAGAUGUGUUUAAAAUAUUGUCGAAUUGCCAAAAACUGCACAUUUGUGGUCGACUAGCGAACUUUGUUGUAGCGGUCUGUACGCUGCAGUGAUGUUCCCUGCGUCAAUUGUACGCAAACUUUAAUUGCACAUAGUUGACAACUUAAUAGGUACUAGUACUAUAUUGUUAUUUCUGGCUGAAAGCCUAAUCAACAUCCGAAGUAUGUAUAUGUAACUAUUUAAUUUUUUACUUGAGCUACCGACAAGAAUGUUACGUUAUUAAUAAAAAUGAUUAUGUCGAAAUUAUGUAUAUAUAUGAUAUAAUAAAUUAAGAAAAAAUACAAUAAGUUUUCGUAACGAUGCCUUAGACAAUUCAUGGUAUUUUUUUUUUGUAAUCUGAUGAAAUAAUGAAUACUUUGAAUCGAUACCCACUUAGUUUUCGUUCCAUAAAUAAAUAAUAACAUAUUCUCAUUGUGCGACAGAGUCUAUCUAUCACUCGUGUAGCUUGAUUUUAAAGUAAUUCAAAAAUAUAUUUUUAUGAUAACAAUGUGUGUUGGUUGCGCUAUUUUCAUUAACAUGGUUUUGAGGUAUUGCGACAAACUUAGAAACAUAGUGGCUUAGAAAUACAUAUGCCAAUAAUUAUAAAGGCAAAUGGGAUUAUAGUCUAUUUAUUAUUUAAUUUAAAGAUCUUCAAGUAUCGAUGCACCUGUGAAAGCAGUCUGUACACAGCUUGUACAAACUUGGAAUCUGAUCCAAUGUUUGUUGGAUUUGAAUGUUUCAUUGAAUAUAAUCCUAUAUUUGUU